GACUUCUUACACUUGAGUUUAGGAGAUGAGAACCUACCCAUUUCUCUUAGAGUACACUACAAGUUUCUGCUGGUUGGACUGGGGGUGGUUACUUCCAGGUGAAGAUUUGGGCAUAUGUGACAAAUGGGUCUGGAAAAUGUGCACAAGUUUUGAGUCACAUGUCUUCUUUUUCCAUCAUCAGCAUUGGAUGCUUACUGCUCAGACUGUCUGAGAGUGAAAAACCAGAGGAAGACUGUUGAUGGCAGAACGUUGACAAUGCAAACAAUGGAAUCAGUGACCUUCAAUGAUGUAGCUAUAGACUUUGAUGCUGAAGAGUGGGCCUUGAUGGACACAAGACAGAGAAGCCUGUUCAGAGAUGUUAUGCUGGAGAGUAUCCAUCAUCUGGUGUCAGUGGCACUGGAUGCUUACUGCUCAGACUGUCUGAGAGUGAAAAACCAGAAGAAGAUUGUUGAUGGCAGAACUUUGACAGUGCAAACAAUGGAAUCAGUGACUUUCAAUGAUGUAGCUAUAGACUUUGAUGCAGAAGAGUGGGCCUUGAUGGACACAAGACAGAGAAACCUGUUCAGAGAUGUUAUGCUGGAGAGUAUCCAUCAUCUGGUGUCAUUGGGGUAUCAACUCUGCAAAUCAGAAGUGGUUUUGCUGUUGGAACAAGGAGAGGAACUGUGGAGAGAAGGAUUAGGAUUUCUCCAAGGACAGAGUACAAGCAGACAAAAUGACCAUAGGAAAGAAGAAAUGAUAAUUAUGCCACAUAUCUGCAAUAAGGACAAAUAUACCACCAAGUCAAAGCAGCAGGUUUCUAACAUUGGAGGGGAUCCCUUUGGAAGUAUUGAUUUGGGAGAAGAUUUAAUUCACUCAACAUUGGCUGACAUGGAAACAAAGCCCUAUGUAAAUGAACAAUUUCAAAAAGCUAUCAAUUACCAGUCAAUCUUUAGUAGACAUAAGCAAAUUCAGACAGGAAAUAAUUCAUAUGACUGUCAUCUAUGUGGAAAAGCCUUCAGAAAUAUUUCUGUCCUUAGACAUCAUGAGAGAACUUGCACUGGAGAGAAACGAUAUGUCUGCCAUCUGUGUGGGAAAUCCUUCAGUCGAUGUUGUAACCUUAAGGAACAUGAGAGAAGUCACACUGGGGAGAAAGCAUGUGUCUGCUAUCGAUGUGGCAAAAUCUUUACUGAUAGGUCUAAGCUCAGAAAACAUAUGAGAACUCACAAUGGGGAGAAAGCAUGUGUCUGCCAUCAAUGUGGCAAAAUAUUUACUGAUAGGUCUAAGCUCAGAAGACAUGUGAGAACUCACAAUGGGGAGAAACCACACAUUUGCCAUCUAUGUGGAAAAUCCUAUAAACAUCGUUUUAACCUGAGGCUACAUGAGAAAUCUCACACAGGAGAGAGACCAUAUGUCUGCCAUCUAUGUGGGAAAGACUUUGCUCGUAAAUCUGCCCUCAAACCACAUAUGAGAAUUCACACAGGGGAGAAACCAUAUGUCUGCCAUCUAUGUGGGAAAUCUUUCAAUUAUUGGAAUAGCCUUAGGGAUCAUAAGAGAACUCACACUGGGGAGAAACCAUAUGUCUGCAACACAUGUGGGAAAUCCUUCCGUUAUUCUGCUAGCAUUAGUUACCAUAAGAGAACUCACACUGGGGAGACACCAUAUGCCUGCCAUCUAUGUGGGAAAUCCUUCAGUCAGCGUGGGCACCUUAGGGGACAUGAGAGAACUCACACUGGGGAGAAACCAUAUGUCUGCAACACAUGUGGGAAAUCCUUCCGUUCUUCUGCUAGCAUUAGUUACCAUAAGAGAACUCACACUGGGGAGACACCAUAUGCCUGCCAUCUAUGUGGGAAAUCCUUCAGUCAACGUGGGCACCUUAGGGGACAUGAGAGAACUCACACUGGGGAGAAACCAUGUGUAUGCCAUGUGGGUGGGAAAUGCUUCACUCAUCAUACUGCUCUCCCACAACGUGAGAAUUCACAUUAGGGAGAAACCAUAUUUAUGCAUCUAUAUGGGAAACGCUUCACUCAUCGUACUGCUCUCCCACAACAUAUGACAAUUCACACUGGGGAGAAACCAUACAUCUGCCAUCUAUGUGGGAAAUCCUUCAAAACUUGUGGACACCUUAGGAAUCAUGAGAGAACUCACACUGGGGAGAAACCAUACAUCUGCAAUGUAUGUGGGAAAUCCUUCAGUAAAUGUGGUCAACUUAGGCAACAUGGAAGAACUCACAGUAGGGAGAAACCAAAUGUCUGCCAUUUAUGAGAUAAUCUUUCAGUCAACAUGGUACCCCUUAGGCAACUUGGGAGAACUCACACUGGGAAGAAACUGUGUUUUGGCUUUUUAUGUGGGGAAAUCUUCACUGAUAGAGUGACACUCAGACAACACAAGAUAAUUAACACUGGGGAGAUAACAUGUCUGCCCUUUAUGUGGGAAAAAAUUUAGACAUAAUUCUACCAUUAGGAACAUCAUAGAUCUCAUUAACUAUGUUGUGCAUAUGGGAGAGUUUUCAGACAGAGCUACCAGCUGUAAAAAGUAAAAAGAAGAAAAAAACCCACACAGGAGUUUAAAUCCCCCUCAAUGUAAUCAAUGUCUAGAUGCCUUAAUUUACAAUCUAUCCUUAAAUAACAUGAUUGCACUAUCCUGGGAGGAACACUAUGUAAUUACAUAUAGUAGAUUUCAGCUGAGCUCCAGCCUUGUACACAAGAACAGCUCAGAGUAGGAAUAACUCCAAAACAAGAAAACUGGAUAAGAAAGAUGUUAUCACUGGGAGAAAACUCUAGGAGAACUCUAGGAGAUAAUUAUUGAUGGAAGAAUAAUUCAAAGAUGAAAUUUGUGAAAUCCUUUGCUUACACAGCAAUGUGUGGAAUAUAUGUGAAGUUUGACUUUUUAUAAAAUAUUCUCUAUAUGUGUAUAGAAAAUGAAGAAAAGUCUUUGGUGGCUUUGAACUGAUUCAUCAGUGUUUAAUUUCCCAUAUGGAGGAAAUGUCAACCCUAAAAUAAAAUCACAAAGUGUUCAGCCAGAGUUCACAUCAGGAAUAUCAGACAGGCAAAAACAUCUAACAAGAAUGCUUUACAACACAAUUCAAUCAUGACUUCAGAGUUUUGCCUGAAAAAUGUUAAAACUUACAUUGUGAAGUCAUCUGUGAGUGCUGAAUGCAGUAUUUUUCAGUGAGUUUUAGGGAAGGAAAUCAAAGUUUUAUCAAUACACUUGCAAACAAUUAUGAAGUAAAAGCUGUAGAUGAAAAUUCUGUAAUGUUCAGCGUCUAUUUUUUCACACAACUCUAAACAUAAAUAUGAUGACUGUUAAACCAGAGAACUUUGAGUGUUAACUGAAGAAUGUACAGACCAAGAUUAUGUGUCAUAAAUAUUAUAUACUUUUGACAGAUAUGCAUACAGCAAUAAUGAAUAGAAUAUAAAUUAACAGAUUAUGGGAUUAAUGUCUCAUGAUAGAGAAAUUUUCCUUUACACUGUCACUAUUGGUAUACCUUAAAUUGAAUUAAAAUUAACUGUUAAAGGAAUUACAUGGUUGUAAUUCAUGGAGUAUUGGGAAGCCUGGGGAUGGGAAAUCUCCCAAUAUUGACAGGCAUUGGAGUCAUUCCCUCCAUUAAAAAUGGGUUAUGGGGGAUCAAAGAUGGCAGAGAGGUAGACAUAGAGCAAAUUUCUCCUCCAUGAAAAAUACUAGAUAAAAGACAGAAGGUGCCCAGAGUAGCAGUUUCAGGGUUCCAACUGCUUGGCAAAGACUUCUAAAUCCAUAGUGACUGAGAAAAUGAGGGACUGCAUUUGGAAAUAUGGGAGUGUUUGAGGCUUCUGGGGAAAUGGAGGCCUAAGACUUGCAGUGGGGAGAAGUGAGAGACAGUGAUUGGAGGCAGGUUAAUGUAAAAUCUGGAAAGCUGCUGGGGGUCCAGCAGAGAGAGCCACAGUGGAGCACAGUGGGGAGAUCCUUCCAUUCCCCAGACACCCAACUCCCUAUCUGGCAUGGGUGAUAGCCUUUGGCACAGCCAAAGCUAAGAGCUCCCGUGCCAGGGAAGAGCUGUGUAGCAGGCAGAGCUCCACAGAAGUGGGUUGUUUCUGCACGCUGUACAGAUAUCUGCAGCAGGCUAGGAGAUACCACUGCAGGACCACAGCCAAGAGUUUCAUGUGUGAUUUUGCUGGCUUGAGAUUGUGCACACUUCUCUGCAGAAGCCCAUGGAGUGCACAGGCUAGAUGCAGGGGUGCCACACAGAAAUGUCAGGAGCCCUACACCAAUCCCAGGGACUUGUGGACCCACCACAGAGAGGGAUUGUAUGAAAUCUGAGGUGAAGGUUUUGACGUGUUACAGCCCUAGUGCAUUCCAGCCACAGCCCCAGGUACAGCUGGGAGUACUGGGUCUUAAAGCCAUCUUUCCCCCCAAACUGCAGAGUUCACAACCCCCA